CUUCAAGUUCCGCCCAAUAAUAAACUAGAUGCGCUGCAGUGACAGUCCCUGAACUGUAUACGUUUUUAUACAAGUAGGCUACAUUUGGCUGCUGUGGUUGGGGCAGUUGGUUUAGUGCUAAUGUUAGUUAUUACUUUCUUGAAAGUUCAUCCCCGGCUUCAGAGUCGCCACCAGGUCUACGCCAAACUGUAUUCGUAGGCGAAAUCACAGUCGCCGUCAGGUCUACGAGAUUAACCAUAGUAACGACCGAUUAGUAAACGUUCUCGUCUGCACAAUAAAAGGGCAAGAAUCUUGGUUGUCAAAGUUAAUCGCUUUUGAAAAUCCUGACAAGCAUCAUGCAGAACUACUUCAAAGAAUUAAGGCUAAGGCAAUUUGUGGAAGAACACUCAACAGGAAUUGUUGUUGCUAUAGCCGCAGGAGUGGGUCUGGUAGCCUUGCGGCGAUGGUUUGGUGGUGCUAUCUGCCGCAGCAGGACCAGACUGGACAGGAAGACGGUCAUGAUAACCGGAGCCAACACCGGGAUCGGCAAAGAGACCGCUCUGGACAUGGCCGGCAGAGGUGCCAGGGUUAUCCUGGCCUGCAGGGACAAGGCCAGGGCCAGUCAGGCCGCAGAUGAGAUCCGGCAGAGCAGUGGCAAUGGCAACGUGGUGGUCAAAAUCGUGGACCUGGCCUCCCUGCAGUCGGUCAGGGACCUAGCCAAAGAUAUCCAGGAGACGGAGGAGAGGCUGGACAUCCUGAUCAAUAACGCAGGUAUCAUGAUGUGCCCCAAGUGGCAGACGGAAGACGGCUUUGAGAUGCAGUUUGGCGUCAACCACCUGGGCCACUUCCUGUUGACCAACUGCCUUCUGGACCUGCUGAAGAAGUCUGCCCCGAGUCGCGUCGUCAACGUCUCCAGCUUGGCUCAUGAGAAAGGCAAGAUUCACUUUGACGACAUAAACCUGGAUAAAGACUACCACCCCGUCCGAAGCUAUCGGCAGAGCAAGCUGGCCAACGUGCUGUUCACUCGGGAGCUGGCCAAUCGGCUGCAAGGAACGGGGGUGACGGUGUACAGCCUGCACCCCGGGGUGAUUCGCACCGAGCUGGGCCGCCACCUGUGGCCCACGCUGCCCCUGUGGAAGAGGCUUGUCGCCUGGCCGCUGAUGCAGAUGAUCAAGUCUCCCUGGCAGGGGGCCCAGACCACCAUCUACUGCGCCGUGGACGAGAGCCUGGAGGGAAUCAGCGGCCUGUACUACAGCGACUGCGCCCCCAAAGAGGCAGCCCCCCAGGGCCGCGACGAUGCCACCGCCACAAGGCUCUGGGACCUCAGCGCCUCCAUGGUGGGUCUCGAGUGAAGCGGCGCGGGUGAUUGGCCACAGGCGCACGGGGGGUGGACGGUCCUGUUCGCUGCCACUGCUCCCUCUCACAAGGAUCUUCUUCAGGGACGGAGUCAUCCCAGCCGCUUGUUUUAUCCGCACUUUGCUUCCUCUCCUUGUACGGAAGGCCGAAAGGGUCAAAAAUACGUGAAUAUACUGACAUGCGGAAUCGCACGUUGUCAACGCGUUGUUUGCGAGUUCUCGGUGCGUUGACAGCGCGUGAUUCCAGACAUCUGUUUCACAUAUUUUUGAUCUGCUUGGCCUUCCACUCUAGGAAGGAUGCAAGAAAAGGAAGCGAAGACUGAUAAAAAUAAAAGUAAAUGAAAUGAGGCCCCUCAACCAAACCCCCUCAGUGCCAAUCUAUGCCUUAUUGUUACAACAUUAGUGCAGUGAGUGGAAUCCAUCAGCAGGGGGCCUCCCUCUGAGGAUGCUCACCUACCUCCUCAGGCUUUUGAAUCCUCUUUCCUCUCUCUCUGCACCCUUUGCACAACCUCUAAUCAACCUAUAACGAAAGCACACUGCAAAACAAGAGGGCUUCACAAGGACAUUUAUUCAAAAUAUACAGUCGUUGCACUACAUACAAAAAUACUAUACAUGGAAUGGUGGAAACAAGCCUUAACACUCCACGGUUCUCUCAAAGUUGAAUCGUAUGGAAAAAGCGUAUUGUUGUUUUCUAUGUUUUUAAAAAAAACUUUUUUUAUCUUUCAUUGACUCACUCCCAAAGAUCCUUUGUAGUUGGCAAAGUUGUGAGAUUUUGUUUCUCUUGAUCAGUGAACAUAAUGUUUCAUGGUAAGUCCAGGCAGUUCAGCGUAUCUGGCCUAUGUUCAUGUAACAGUCUAGACUGCAACCUGUACUCAAGUCUGAUUUUUAACAUUUUGACGUCAGUUUAUCUUUAACUGAUUUUUACGUAUGCCUGAUUGUUCUGGUGAAGGAACUCAGCCUUAAGUAGGUUAUAUAAUUCUCUUUCAGCUGGUUUUAAGGAAAUGUACCCCCGCAGUGUGUGUGACAAAGCCAUCAAUACGUCUACAGGGACCAUACGGCCUGCAGUAGUAUUAGGCAUCGCAGCUAUGUGGGGUAGGAAGUAUUUGGAAUUUACUUCCUUUUUUGAGAAGAGUAAAAAUGCUUUUACAUGUUUCUAGCUGUUGCUAUAUCACUAUGCUAUAUCUAGCUGUUGGUUCAGACACUUAACCAAGGUUGGAAAAUAUUAGAAAAUAUUACAGAAAUUUGAAGUGCUGUGUAAAAUGGGUGAAUUUUUUCUCUGGAAAAAUUUUUAAGAGAAAAUAAAGAUUGGUGUUGGUAGACUCUCCAAAGGAA